AGAUAGAGAGAGAGAGAACGGUGGCGUAAUCAAUAAACGAAGAAGGAAGAAAGGAAAAAAAAGAUCAAAAACCCUAAAUUACGAUCUGAUACAUAUAAAGUUUUCUUCACUUGGAUUGGAUUGUAUCAGUUAAAUUGUUCACCAAAAAACUCCAAGUAAUUAUCGGCUGUUCGCGAAAAUCGGGCGCUUCAGGUUUUGGGAUAAUAAACUCAUGGCAACUGCAACAAUGGCCACUGCAGCUGGUGCAGCUGCUCUUUUGUAUUAUACUUUAAACAGAAAAUUGCUAACGAAUACAGAUUCUGAAGAUAAAGAUGAAAGAGGCAGUGAAUUGAAUAAUGCUCAUCUAGGAUUUGAUCGAAUUUCAAAUAGACUUAUUCAAGCACCCGCCACAUGGAUGGAGACUAUCUCAACUUUGUCAGAGACUCUUAGAUUUACUUACUCUGAAACAUUAGGGAAGUGGCCCAUUGGAGAUUUGGCAUUUGGGAUUAAUUUCCUUCUCAAGAGGCAGGGUCACUUGCAUGUUGCAAGUGUAUUUGGUGGGGAAGAUAGUGUACAGCUCAAAGGAAAUGAAAUAAUAUCAGAGCUUAAAUGUUUCUUGAAUUUUUUGACGCUUUGCUGGCAUUUCUCAAAGAAGCCGUUCCCUGUAUUUUUGGAGAUGACUGGCUAUUCUAGAGAAAAUGUUGUUCUUGAGGAACCAAAAGCUGGUAUUCUGAAACCUGCUUUUACAAUACUUGUGGACCAUAAAACAAAAUCAAUCCUUUUGCUUAUCCGUGGAACUCAUAGUAUCAAGGACACUUUAACUGCUGCAACUGGGGCAGUUGUGCCAUUCCAUCACAGUGUUGUACAUGAAGGAGGAGUCAGCUCCGUUGUGUUAGGUUAUGCACAUUGUGGAAUGGUUGCAGCGGCACGGUGGAUUGCAAAGCUUGCAACUCCUCUUCUUAUCAAAGCGCUUGACCAAUAUCCCAACUAUAAGUUUAAGAUUGUAGGACAUUCUCUUGGUGGAGGUACAGCUGCUCUUUUAACAUAUAUUCUACGUGAGCAGAAUGAACUGUCAAUGGCUACAUGUUUAACAUUUGCUCCAGCUGCUUGUAUGACCUGGGAGUUGGCAGAAUCUGGGAAAGAGUUUAUCACUUCAGUCAUAAACGGAGCUGAUUUGGUUCCCACUUUUUCUGUUGCUUCAGUAGAUGACUUGCGUGCUGAGGUGACUGCUUCAGCUUGGAUUAAUGAUCUGAGGAGUCAGAUUGAGCAUACAAGAAUUCUUAGUACAGUUUAUCGAUCUGCAUCAGCAUUGGGAUCCCGUCUUCCAUCUAUGGCCAAUGCAAGAGCCAAAGUUGCGGGGGCUGGUGCGAUUCUUCGUCCAGUCUCCAACCGGACACAGGUUGUGAUGAGGAGAGCUCAGACCAUGGCACAAGCAGCUUUAUUAUCACGGCCAUCUUUAAAUAUAUCAUCAUGGUCCUGCAUGGGUCCUCGACGUCGAGCAGCAGCUGUAACUCGUUCGAAUUCCGAAAGAAUGGAUAUUUCCUCCGAACCAGAAACCGCCGCUGAACCCGAUUCUUCUUCUCCUUUCAUCGUCCAUUCCCACAAUACAGGUACAAUAGUCGAAUCUCUAGACGUUCCAGUCUCUUCUACCAGAGAAGAAGCGAUAUGGCAAUCGGGGAUAGAAUAUUCCGUUGUCGAAGAAGAAGAAACAGUUUCGCAAACAGUAUCAGACUCAAUUGGCAGCAAUCGGGAUGAAGAAAGGAUGACUGAAGUUGAGUUAUGGCAGCAACUUGAGCAAGAACUUUACAAGCAUGGAGAAGAAGAGGAUGAUGAAGAAGAAGAGGAUCAUGAAGUUACUCAUGUAAAGGAGAUAAGGGAAGAAGAAGAAGCUGCCAUUGCAGAAGUAGCGGAGGAGGUGGGUCAGGCAGCGAUUAUUUCUGUGCCGGAAACUAAGGAAGUACAUAGAUUUUUUCCACCGGGGAGGAUCAUGCAUAUCGUUACAAUCUGUUUGGGGUCGGAUUUGGAAAGUGGAAACAAAGAAGGGGAUGACGAUGACGAGGAUGAUGAAGAUGAAGAACCGAGGGAGAGUAAGGUUGGUAUAUUUCUAACUGAGAGGGAAUUGUAUAGCAAAUUGAGACUUUCGAAGACGAUGAUUGCAGAUCAUUUCAUGCCUGUUUAUAGAAGACAGAUUGAAAAGCUGAUUGAUGAUCUUGAGAAAGAUUUAAAAUUGGUAACUGUGGAUAGUAAUAAUAAUAUUAGGAAGGAAGAAGGAGAAGAGCAUUUGGAGGAAGAAAACAAAAAAGUAUAGUAUUUAGAGAGACUUCUUUGUUAUCUUGUACAUUGAUAAAUAAAUUAGGUUUAUUUAGGAUACUAUGACAGAAAAUAGAACCCUUGCUCUCAUUUUUUUUGGUAGGGUAUGACUUGUUUUCUUUUCAUGUACAUGAAUUCUUCUUUUUUUGCUUGUCCAAAUAUGUAACUUUCUUUGGUGA